CGAGAGAUCGCAAUCUCGUUUGCUCCGGGCACGUCGCGAUUCUUAUUUUAUUCUCUGAUCGAUCGCGAUUUCUUUUUUGCUUUUCCCUACUUUGAAGGGAAAUUUAGUUCAAGCAUGUCGGAGUUUAUAAUUUUUCGAUAUUUUCAAAAGUUUAAUGUCACGAAAAUGCAAUGUUUAAAACAGUUUAGUACAACGAUUCGUUUCUUGUUCCUUUCGCAAGACACGAAAUUGUAUAUACAGUGUCAGUUACUGAUCGAUAGCAAGGAUAAUACGGAAGUAACAGCAAUAUCCAAUACUAUGUGGACGCAACGACGAUUGAUGAUCGAUCAGAUGAAUUUUCAUGGAAAUUUGACAUAUCACAACUUCAACUUCUUUGUCUUCUUUGGGAAUCUAACGAUGGCUCAAAAGCCAAGAAUAUUUUUCACAACCUCCAUUUCCACCAUUGGACUUUCAACAGUUCCUGCUUGAUGUUAGUCUUCCUGAUGAUAUUCGCUGGGAUAGUGCAGUAUCGAUGACUAUGAAAGGGACUAUGGAAACCGUCGGCGCUCGCGCAAGCGUUAGUUAUUAAUUGAUCGACGAGUAAGGAAGAGAUUUAACAGCGAGUCGAUAGUACAUACGAAUCGAAUGUGAAUCGAAAUGGAAUCCGG